AGGGCUCCACUACAAGGACUUUAGCUAGUCGGUUCCAAUGCAGCACGAGGCGAGCAGGACGGUCAAGCGGCUGUGGCGGCGAGAGAUGCUGAGCUAGAGGAGGCACAACGUGGAGAUUUUGGAGAGCGUUCCCACAGCCGGAUACCAUCGCACUUUUUUUAUGGCCCGUGAGCAGAUAGCAGUCCCGAUGCAGUGUGAGACCCGGAGACUCGUGUGGGCGUGAGAGCUGGCUCCAGGGGGCCCGAUGGCGGCGGCGGCGGCGAAGGAGGAUCCCCACCUGGGCUCCGGCCCCGACCCGGAGACGUCCGAGGUGUCCUUGUCUGGGGACAGCGGGGACUCGGGGAGCGUCCUAUCCGAGGACUCCAUCUUGCCCGACUACGAGCGCGAGGAGCAGAAUGGAGGCCCCAUCAACACCCUGUACCAGGCCGCCUCCAGGAACGCAGCUGCGUCCUUGCGCAGGAUACUCGAGAGGGGAGUCACGCGCGAGGAGGUCAUGGAGCUGGACAUCAACGGCAGGAAUGGCCUGAUGCUGGCUGUCUCUAAAGGCUUUGUGGACAUUGUGACUGGACUCCACACAUGCCCCUUCGUUGACAUCAACCACCAGGACAACGAUGGCAACACGGCUCUCAUGAUCGCGGCACAAGCAGGCUUUGUGACCAUCCAGAACUACAUCCUGAACUACUACUCUGGAGUGGACCUGGAGGUGACGGACAUUCGUGGCUUCACGGCUCUCAUUAAGGCUGCCAUGCAGGGCAACAAUGACUGUGUAGCUGCCCUGCUGAUGGCAGGCGCAGACAUCAAUGCGGUGGACGUGCGGCGAGGGAACGACGCCCGAGACUGGGCCCUUAAAACCGGCCGCUUCGAGACCCUGAACCGCAUCCGUCGGCUGAACGCCAGGCCCUGCGCCGAGCAGUUCUGCGAGAGCUACAUCCCCGAGUGGCCGGACCUCAAGGACCUGGUGGCCAAGGCCAUGGCCACCAAGAGCGCCGGCCAGAAGGUGGUCCACCGGCUCAAGUCCACCUUCUCCUUCAGCUUCCCCCAGGACCCUCAGGACAAUGGCGUGUUGGACCACAUGGUGCGCAUCACCACCAGCGUCCACAGCCCCCUGGUGGCCACCGGCUGCAGGCCGCUCUGCCCCACCAGCCCGCCCCAGAUCGGCAGGCGGCGCUUCGCCGUGCCCGAGCUGGUGGAGAAGCACCCAGGCCGCGAGCUGGUGGAGGGCCGAGUGCGCCACAGCAACGGCUCCGUGUCCUCGGCCUCGCCGUCCAUGGUCUCCACCUCGUCCGUCUCGCUGGCGUCCUGCUGCUCGGACGCCGACCGCCGCGGCAGCAUCAUCUCCAACGGCGUCAACAAGUUCCUGCCGCGGAGCAUGGCGCGCCGGAACAGCGUGUUCCCGGCCGGCUGCAUCCCCCAGAUCAAGGUCACCAAGUCGGGCGAGCCCACGCCCAAGAAGGAGAAGAAGAGGAGGAAGUCCAAGAACCCCGGCCACCUGGAGCCGCCCAUCUGGAAGUACAAAGAGGCCAAGGAGGAGAGGAAGAAGGAGAAGAAGAGACUGGAGAAGGAGAAGGCGGAAAAGGAUAAGGCGAAGACGAAAGAAAAGAAAAAGUAAACGUUGUCGUUGGUCAGAGCCUUCAGCCGUUGUCUUGAGUGGGUACUCAAGUGAGUCCCCACGGGCAUUUGAAUCGACACCUUUACACCAGCACACAGGCUUGGCAUCAGGCUUGAUUGACACUUGAUUGACACUUGAUUGGUCUCUGGCAGCCAUGCUUACAGCCCUGCACUUACAUGUCCACUUUUACGAGGAUAUUGACUUUCAAGUGCACUGAUGCUGACUUUGGGACACUUAGUCUUCCUGUGCGGUUUCUGAGAGCAUCAGUAACAUUUGGUAAAUAAUGUCCAUUGUCCACUGAUCUGAAACUGAGGAGGAGCCCAUCUCCAAAGAAUUUUGUAAAUUCUUCUUACACGGGCCUGUGUGGACCAUAUGCAGAUAGAUGAUGUGAUGUACUGUAUGUAACUAUGAAGUUGAAAUGAAGCUCCUUGCUCCCUUUUGAGCCAAAGACAACUUACUAGUCAUAUAAGUUUCUACAUAUAUUUUAGGAGAAGAAAGUAUCAGGAUUCCCAUACCAACUCUGCUCCACUCUGUUCACCAAAGCUAGCAAGAGGAGGCUCUUGAAAGGGCUUUUUGCCAACUGUUGAUUGUGGAUUAACAGUGGCUACCAUAUGGUCUCUACUAAUCACUCUUGGCUGUGUAGCACGUUUAUUUGAGUGGAAUGAUGUGACACACGUUACAGUUGUAAUUUCCGUGUCUGUGGACUUCUGAAGAGACUUUUGUUUGUUUAUUUGUUUGUUGUUUGUUUGACCUGUGGAUUUUUCUCUCCAACGCCCAUCUGUGGUUUACGUUUCAACCGUAUGGGACUUUUUAGAUGAAUGCUUUCAUUUCAAUCGAAGGAAUGUCACCAUCUUCGUAUACUACACAAGGGACAGUAAUGACGUACCACACCAGACUAAGUCAAACUUCCAUAGUUGUUUCACAGUGCAUAGGUACUUGUAUGUACAGUAUGUAUGUAAACCCUUUAUGCAAUGACUUUCAACUAUGCCUCUUCAAAGUGCUGCACUAUGCCCAGAAUUGCAAGAACAAAUAUUAGUUCAUCUGAGAUGAUACUUGAGCCAAACUGUGAAGAUUGUAUUUACCUCUGUACAGUAUAUUAAUUAUAUUUUUAGUCUGCAGUUACAGAGUAGCAUCUUGUACUUGAAUUUAAAAUCUGAAGUACAUUGGGUUAAAU